ACGUGGUUCUUUGCCGAGAAGCCGUGCAACCUCCUCCUCAUCGCGUUCGUCGUCGCCCAAGUCGCGGCGUCGCUCAUCGGCUACUACGGCUUCAACGGCUACUCGUCGGACCGCGUCGCGUUCUUUGGCUGCGGCGGCGGCUACCUGAUCAUUGCGUGGAUCUGGUCGAUCGUGUGGCACUUUCCGCUCGACUUGAUCAAGUUUGGCGUCAACUACAUGCUCAACGCGACCAUGUACGCGUCGACAGCCUUUGACUCGCGCAUCAACGCCGGCCACCCGUCCAUGUCGCACGCCCGCGUCUCGCAGCGCGCGCGCUCGAUCCGUGCGUCGCGCACAGUCUAAGAAACUCCGAGUCGCUUUCGUGCCCAAAUACAGUACAUUUUGCUGCA